AUGAGCGUCAUGGCAAUGCGCAAUUCACCGCUGGGCAGCUUGACAGCGCGCCUAUUCAAGCCUGUGUCAAUUUCCAACCAAUACAUUCGAUCACUCCACAACAACGCACCCCGGCCAGUGCCAUCUCCGACCCCUUUCGUUCCUGACGUCCAGACCUUCCUCACGCUGAUUGGCCGUGAAAUGUCCAAGCAAACGAGCAAGAUCCCCUCAUGGGAAGAACUUUUUACCUUAAACUCCAACCAGCUCCGCCAAGCCGGCAUUGAGCCAGCCCGCCAGCGACGGUACCUGAUCCGGAAGCGCGAGAAGUUCAGGAACGGAUUGUACGGCCCUGGAGGUGAUCUGGAGACUGUGGUCGAUGGUGUUGCACAAUUGCGGGUUGUUGAAGUGCCUAUUAAUGCCAGAGGCCUGACACAUGGAGGCACACAAGCGGCCGUUCAAACUUCUUCUGCUACACUGUCACCCGGCAUGGUGAAAGCCAUUGUCAACCUGGCGCCCGAUGUCACUACAUAUCAGUAUGGCAAAAAACAACUGAUCAAGAAAUUUGCGCACAUGAAGAUUCACCGUGGCUGUCAGCCCAUGGGUCCGUUCCUUCAGCCUUUGAAGGGUUCCAAUGGUACUGCUGCUACCAUUUCCGUCCAGGAGGGCAUGUGGGAAGACAAGCGGGGACAGAAGGUUGAUGGUGGUGAGCGACGGCGCCGGGAGGUCCAGAACAAGAAGAGGUUGGAUGAGAGAAAGAAGGCGUGA